UUUGUAUGAGAAUUAUAUGUUUUCCUUCUGAAUUUCUAGCUACACCUCAAUUAGUAAAGUUAAAAAAGAAUUAAACCCAAUUUAAGACAUAAUGAACACGCCCCUGUGACCGACCUUUGCGUAACUCGUCCACCAACAACGACCCACCGUUUGGAUUUGAAUUAGGGAACCAAGAUUUAAUCUGUGAUGAAAGAAGAAUGUCUGUGUUUGUAGCAGGAGAAGAACCUGAAAAUGUCCCUCCUGCUCGAAGUCGAAAGAAAUAUGAAACUAAGUACAGCUCUAAAUAUGAACAGGAAUAUCAGUGGGUUAGUCCAUCGGCCAAAGGAGAGAAGUACGCACUUUGCCGGUGGUGUCAAGUUGACAUUUGUAUCAAGUCUGUUGGUGCCAAAGGUUUACGGGAUCAUGAAGCAACAGGACGCCACAAGCAGAAAGAAAACUAUCAUCACAUGCCUCCACAAGCACCUGCACCAGUGGCACCACCCCCACCCCCGCCACCACCUCCAGCACCACCUCCAAGUACUCACCUAAAUGGUGCUAUGUAUCCAGUGUUGGAAGUUGAAGGUGGUGUUGAACAUCCAUCUGAUGACAUUAUGGGAAUACCUCGCCCAGCAACUCCACAAACCCCAAAUACCCCCCUUAGUCCUCAAGAAGAUUUACCGCGGUCAACCUCAACGUCAUCUUUAUUGGACCUUGGUGGUCCUGCCUCAGCUCAAUCAACAAUGCGAACGGGGAUGGGAUCAAUUCGGAACCCCACCCAAAUCAAGUCAUCAGGUGAUUCAUUGGUGAUCGAGUAUGAUCAACCAGAUGUGGCAGAAACAAACACUACAAGUCCAUUGAAGAAAAGUUCAGGGAAGAUGACACCAAAAAGAGAAGCAGGGGAUGAUUUCACCACAAGUACUGAUGAUUUGACAUGUAAUGUUUGUGGGCGUGAGUAUUCUGUCUGGACCCAGCUGAAAAAACAUCUUGUAGAACAUAUAAUGGCUGCUCAGAAUACAGUUGAAGGAAAAGGGAAGAGUGCUCGUGGACGUGGUCGUCUUUCUGGCAGUAGAUCCUCCAGAGCAUCAAGGUCCAAUCAGCAAACAAACACAGACCAGUUAAAAAAUGAUGACAAAGAGGAUGAACCUGCAACAAACAAACGGCGAGGAAGGCCGAGAGGCAGUCGAAACAAAGUUCGGGAAAGUAUAGAGCCAGCAUUAACCCAGCAGCCUUCAAGAAGGCCUGUCCGCCACCGUAGUCACCCAAGCAGAUAUUCUUCUCUCCAAGAUUCUUCUCUCCAAGAGAGUGAUGUUGAUGAUCCUCCUAUUCCAGAACCUGAAACAAGCAGUACACAUUCUUCCCAUAAUGAUGUAGCAGAUGAAGAUGAGGAAGAAAAUGAUGAUGAAGAAGAUGACAGUUGUCCUGCAGAGGAUGGGACAGAUGAGGGGAACAAAAGGAAAGCUGGUCCCAGACAAUGCCGCGUUUGUAGGGAAAUGUUUUAUAAUAGGGUAGAGUUGAGAGAACAUCAACGCACAGAGCACAAUAAUGGAAGGCCCUACCAAUGUGGUCAUUGUCAGAAAUUCUUUACCACAAAAAAUCACAUGGAAGUACAUGUUCGGCACAAGCACAUGUCAGGGCCAAAUCCUUGUCAAUGUGCCAUGUGUGGCAAAGUUCUAUCUUCUCGUACAAAUCUCAGGAUACACAUGCGAAUACAUAAAGGCGAGAGGCCUUUUAAAUGCCCAGUGUGUCACAAAGAUUUUAGUCGUAAGGCUAACAUGGAGAUGCACAUGGUAUAUCAUACAGGGGAAAGGAAGUUUACUUGUGAAGUUUGUGGUCAGUCAUUUUUUGCCAUCAAUGCCUUAAAAAGACAUGCAAAAUUGCAUACAGGUGAAAGAGAUUAUGCCUGUGAAAUAUGUGGUGCUACUUAUGUGACAGGCACUGAUCUUAGACGACAUCGCUUAAAGCAUGAUGAAGUAAAACCAUAUCCUUGCCAGUUAUGUGCAAAACAAUUUACACGUUCUCAUGACUUGAAGGUCCACAUGAGGUACCACAAUAAGGAACUACGAUAUACCUGUGAAGUGUGCCUCAAACAAUUUGUAGAAUCCGGAAAUUUCAAGAGACACAUGCGCCGCCAUACAGGAGAAAGACCCUACUCUUGUGCCGUUUGUCUUGCCACUUUUUCUCAGGUUCAUCAUCUUAAAGCUCACAUGAAGAAUAGUCAUAAUGAUGAACCAGUGAGUGAGGAAGCUGUGCAGGGGGCCAAUGCAGGACGUUUGAGGGUGCCACCUCACCGUAACCCACGCAUUCCCUCAAGACGUACUCCCAAACCUCAGAUGCAGCAGCCAUCCAUUGUUCCUACUCACACUCAUCCUCAACCACAUCCUCAUCUUGGUCCUCAUCCACAUGGUGUGGGUGUUGGGGCAACUACUGGAGGUAUGGCUAUGCAUUCAAGUCAGCCAAUAUCUCCACCAAUGGCUCAUCAAGGAACUGUUGUUCCAGGAACAGUAGCACCUACCCACACCACUCAGAUCCCUACCUCAGGGGGAGUCAAUCAUCCAGCGGCUAUGACUGGCUUCCUUCACCAGUACAACUCUACUCUUUAUAAUCAUGCUGUCAUGCCCCAUUAUCCGUCACUGUUUGAUAUGUGUCCACAACAAAACUGUGUAAAUCAUUUAUCCAGUCACUAGACCUUGAAAAAAGAUGUGAUAGUGUGUGCAAAGCAAAGAAGUAUUUAAAUGUGCCAAAUUUUGUGACCGAAGAAGUGAUAUUUCUUCCUUUAGUGUUCUGUAUAUUUUGUAGACCUGAAUUCAUGAUAGUAUUUUAUUUAGAGCCUAAUUUAUUUUCAUAAGUGUUCCUGAAGUUCUUUUUCUGUAGGCCAUAUAAUAGAUUGAGUGAAGCAUUUGACAGAUAUGCAGCACUUAGUUUUUUAAAGGUGUGAAUUAAAACCAAAAUUGUACAAGAAACUUUUUCACAUGCAUACAUAAACCAUAAGGUUCCGAAUUCCAAGUGACAAUAAACUGCACUGGAUAUAUAAAAUUGAAUUUUUUUGAGUUUAAUACUUUGGAUUUUUAUGUAAUUCAUUGGUGGCAUACAUUUUGGAGCAUUGUGGUCUUGGGAAGUAUACUGUACUAGACUUGCUCCUUCCAUUUCACAACUACAGAUUAUUUCCGAGUUUAUUGGCAACUGAUUGUAUAAAACAUAAUUAUAAGUACAGAAGAAGAGCAGGAGAAGAAAUGGAUAUUUAGGUAUGCACAGAGAUUGCAUGUAGACUUAGGAUUUGGUCAUCAAUGCAGUUCCUCUUCUUCAUGAGCCAUUUUGAAGUCAUUCAACUUCAUAAUAGGGACUCCAUGGAUAGCAGAAGAGUGGAGACAAGAAGACAUAUCUGCAAUAUUUCUUUAGAGUUCUCAAUUUCACAUGCACUGCUAGGUUGCAUCAGAUAAUGGGAUUUCAUAUGUAAGACAUGGCUGCUCCAGAGUUCCAAAAUUCAUCAAAAGAAAAAAAAUUGCUUUAAGAAUUGAAAGCCAUUUUGCAUGGAUUUCAGGUGUUUUUGACAGUAGGGGCAAGAUUGCAGGAUUUUUGUAUAACAAUUUUACAUGUGUGUGAUAUGAAAAAUAAUGACAGAAUUAUGGAGCUUUAUGAAGUAAAAGUUUUGAAAGAGCAAAUUUAAUUAGCUACAUAUCUACUUCCCCAGUCAGUCCUCCUUUGUUUCUGCAGUGUGUGUAUGUGUUAGUAAUACUUUAAUCACUAACUAAAAUGGAUUUUGUUACCCAUUCCUACCUCAUUGUUAACUAGGAUGUCAUGAAUAGAACUCAUGGGAAGGUUUAUAUAUGACUGAAAUGAAAUACUUAGAUUUAUACAGAUGUGAAUUUUCAGGUAAACUUUUCAUGACUAAAAUACACAUUUUAUGUGUGACACAAGUGUAUGAAGACAUUAUGCACUGUGAUUUAUUUAUCCGCUUAUCAGCUUAAGCAGGAACAUACUGCGCAUUAAUUGUGUAAAGUGCUCAAGUUAUUUUAUUUAUUAUUGUAUGUUUAAAUUAUUGUAACACUUUGUUGUGUGUCUGUGUACAAUUGGUUAACAGUUGUUAACUUUCUUCCAGGUUAUACUACUUGGACAGUCAUGGGAUAUAAGAGUAUGUGUAUUGUAUUUUAUUUUUUGGACACACGUGUAAGAAGAUUGGAAUCAUUCUGUACAGCUGGUUAAUGUAACAAUAAAUAGGUGGAAUUCGGUUGGAGUGUCCAUCAUUAGACAAUAAUGAUAUAGUUACAUUGCUUAUUUGACAAAUUAUGCGCUAUUUACCAUAUCGGUAAUGUAGAAAUUAUUAAUGGGGUGGAGAGGCUCUGUCCUUCAACUAACCUUCAGUAUUUACCUGGUAUAACAAAAGUGUAAGGAGCCAUGGGUAAAUUUACUUUUUGAGUCAUCAGGUACCCUAAAGGAUAGUGAGUUGAUCAUCCUAGUGCCUUCUUUAAUAUCAAAUAGAAGUUUAGCUAUUGAUUCUAAUUAAAUGUCUCGGCUCUGAAGCCUGAGUAAUCAAAUAUAAACAUAUCUCCUGACAUUGUUCAUAAAGACUAAAAUCAAAACUGCGCUUGGAUUUUAUAGAUGUAAUGGAAAAUUACUGUAAUACUUUUUAAAAUAAAUUAAUUGUAUUAAUAAUUAUAACAAGGUUCAGGCAAACUUCAUCACAUGUGUAGAAAGUAUUUUAUGAGCCUUUCAUCUAAAUUGUAAAGUACAGUACAGUAUAUGAGCCUUCAUGCUGGAGCAUGUAAUUAACCAGUGUCAAACUUUUGAAAGGAAAUUAUUAUACCUAUAUACUAAUGAAAAUUAUCAUGAAAUAUAUUUUGCAGUUAGUAUACAGAUUUUAUCUCUAACCUUACAACAAAAAUAUAAUUUUAGAUAAGGUUAGAAAGCUACUGUAAUGUACUGUAAUUGUAUACAUUUGUCUAACAAUUAUGGUCUAGAAGUGAGCAUAUGAGAACUUUUGAUAAAAUUUAAUUUUGAUAUAGUAUUUGUACUAAUAGGUAGUACUUAUUUCACUCUUAUUAAUAUACAUUUUAAAAGGUGAAUAUACAAACUAAAAAUAUUGAAACUGCAGAAUAGUAUGGUCAUUUAACUGUUACUGGCAAUGUGGGUGAGCUGCUGCUUUUGGAAAGGAAGCUGUAUCUCACCAACCACCAACAAUUUUACAUUUUCUUAUGCUGUAGGUUUGGGCAUACAGCAUCUCUAUGUGCUCUAGAUAUUAAUGUUAACAUCUGUCGAUAUUACUGUAGUUGGUUGUUGCAUGAUAGAAUAUAAACAUCCUGAAGGGUUGUACCCUCUUGCUUUUACAUGCAGAAGUAUAUUGCAGUUUUCUGACAAUAGUAAAUCUUGCAAGUUAUGAUGAUAGAUUUAACUUUCAAAAUUUUCUCUGCCACUCAUUCCAUUAGUGGUUGCAAAUUCAACAGCAAUUAAUGGAGGUUGUCUAGCAUGGCCUGGGACAGAAUUUUUUUGUAUGGCUGCUGCAGUAUUGAUCAAGACACAUAGUAGGUUAUAAAGUUUUGUUUGAGGUAAACAAUAUCUGUCCACUUGCAGCCAUUCGUCCCCCAAUGAUUGACUUUCAUGUAUGGUCUAGAGAGUCUAAACAUUAUUGACUUCUAAUGAGGUGUACAUAUCAGAGCUCUCUCAACAAGUUUUACAACCCGUGAGUGACUUCAUAAAUUUUUAAGCAUGGACAAUGUUGUCUGCAUGACAUUUCACUAUAUUACUUCAUAUGCCCUUGAACUGAAGCAACAAACGGUGGGGUAGUUUCAUGGCAAAUGGUUUUUGAAAUAUGUAUUUUCUUUAUAACAUCCUAUUUUAUGUAUUGUUUUUUCUUGAUAAGCCAUGGAGCUGUGGCUUAACAAAUGGUUUUUAAGAUAUUUUUGUAACAUUCUAUUUUAUUUCUCGUGUUUGAGAUGGCUCACCUUACUUUGAUUUAAUGUCCCAUCAGCCAGGUUAGUUACCUUCAUAGCCAACACAACCCAUGUAAUCCAGUAUUUCCACUCAGUAUCUGUAUGUAGGAUCUAUACCCAUAAAUUAAUUUGGGCUUUUGAAGUAGUUAUAUUUGGGCCUUAGCAAGAUUCUAAGUAAAUAUUUUACAUUUUAUUUAUGUAUUUGUAGAGUGCACUUUCCAUGGUGAAUGAAUAGAAAAAACAAUUAUCUGGAAUGAAAUAUUAGCGACAAGAAUCCAACAAUUUCAGGAUCCUUUAGUAGUACACUGCUUACAUGAGAAUGGGAUCAGUCUGUCUUGAAACUGGGGCUUUGUUCAUCUCCAUUAUGGCUCUAGUCCCCAUCAUUUGUGACCUCUUGCAAUGUGGUUGAACCUUUGAAAUAAUGAUUUUUUUCUGUAUACUGUAGCAGGUUCUAUAGUCUUGCUGUUAGUACUUUAAAAAUACUUUCCAUGCUCUUUAAAGGUUAGCAUAUAUAAACACGGUAAUAUUUUUUAUAACAAUCAAAAUGUUUUUAACAUUCAGACAACCAUUUUAAAUUUUAUUUUCCUUCAUGCUCGGGAGAUAUGAAAACAUUUGUAAGAAAUGAAUGACUUGUUAGCUUUAGGUAAAGGGGCUGCUUGCCCAGUGGAUCAACUCAACACUGUCAAUAGCUGUUCAAAACUUGAUUAUUCCACAUUUUUAUCAAAUGCAGACGAUCUCUCCAUCUCUAAAGCAAGAAAUUAAGGUGCUAGUAUAAGUAAAAUGAAGAUUCAAAGGUAUGGGAAUUUAAUAGGAGACAAGUUAUUUUUCUUGUGGUUAGCAAGACACCCAUAUAAUAGUUCAUUACAGUAAUCUUGUGAAUCAAUGUCUACUUUUGAAUGUUAUGUUAAAUAAGGUGGGUCAUUAAUGUGAGAUUUAUAGAUAAACAAUUAACCCCAUGUUUGGGAGUUUUUGAAUCCUCCAAGGAUGCUUACUAUUGCAAUAAAGAAUUUAGUGUUUUUACAGGAAAGCCAUCAUUAGUUGUUGGUAUUCAUACAUAAAAACAUGUUUACUCUCACCCAUCCUUUCACAAUAUUAAGCAGAUACUAUAUAGCAUGUGUAGUUAGAAAAAAUAGUGAAUGCAUAAUCAAUUGUAAGAGUACUAGUACAAAUACUGCCUGAAUUAUACAACUGUAUACAAAAUUCAGAGCUGGUUUCAGCAAAGUCUCAGUUAAUGUAAAAGAAAAUCAUAUAGGAGAUAAAUCCAAUUGUCAUAUACUUUCUUUUUCUUGUUUUAGAAAUAAUCAUAAGAGCUCAAAGAACUCUGAUGGCAUCCUCAUUUAAAAAAUAUUGAGGUUUUCUAUACUCUACAUCAGGCUUUAUAGCUAUUAUAAAAGUGUUUCUUGUGGAAGAAGUUAUGUGGUAUUCACAGUUUUUUGUUUUUGUUUUAAGCAAGAAAAGCAUUUAUAAAUUACACUGUAGUAUUUGCAGAUGUUAAUCUUUGUUAUUUAUAUCACCUAUAUCUGUCAAAUAAAAGAUGUCUUUAUCAUGCAACACUAAAUUGGUCCACCUCAUCAAAACAGACGACCUUUGAGUUUAUGUUACAAAUAACACUUAGUUUUCUAAAUACUCUUCUUAGCCUCUGCCAAUCAUCAAGAUUAGAGAUGAAGCAAAAAUGAUUUUCCCCACAAAAAUAUGAUAUUGUAAGCUCCUAAAUCAAGAACAAGGACUAGAGGUGAAUUACUAGUGUAGUAUACUUGAAAACUUCGAAGUUUAGUGAUUUCACAUUCUUUUGCUACAUCGUUCUCUGGUGCUGAAUUUGAACUUCUAGCCAGCCACUCAAUUGCCUUGUAGUUAGAAGGAAGAUUAUAGGAUUUUACAAUGUUACUGGAUUAAGUUAUGGUUGUGGACGAUUUAGAUUAUCAAGGUUGUGAAGUGUUGUACUGUGCUCAUAGAUUUUGAAAAUGUACCAGCUUAGUGAUUAAGUAAUCCAUAUACUUUUAUUUUGAGUGCUUUUAAGUUUGUAAGCCACCUUCUGUGAGUUAAGGAAGGAUAUGCAUUUCAUUUUGAUGAAUAGUUAAUCAGGGAUUUUGUUUGUUUGUUUAAGUGUAUAAUACGGUAUACACAUUUUAAAGUUGGUUAUUUUGGUAGGCAAAUGAAAUUGUUUUCAGUCAUAAUGGUCAAGAUUUUUUUUUCGUACCUGAAAUUCACUUCAGUAUCUUAUAACUUGUGUUGAAAGGGCAACUUAUGGAGGCGUGUUGUAUCUUGUGUUGAAAAGGGAACUUAUGGAAGAGGUAUUUUAUUGUGAAUUGUAUUAUGAUGCCUGUAAAUGGACAAUUAUCCAUAUGUACAAGGGUAGGUUCAAGAAGUAUUCGAGAGUCUCAGAACUUUUUGUAUGAAGAGUUAAUAUGGCAGCUAUUGUUUUUGAAGGUUUGGAAAUUUUUUAGCAGAAAGAAUGAGUGAUGGUUUGAAAAUAUAACCAUAUGGUUUUGUUUGUGUGGGCAUACAUAGUUCUAGACAGCCCCGUGUGAGAUGAAAAAUGCAAUUCAGACUAAUUUUCCAACUUCAGAGGUAACAAACUAUAUCUGAAGGAAACUUUUGCAAUUUUAGCUGUGCACAAGGUGCUAGGAGUGCUCAAAAUAUUUGCUUUCACUUUCAUGAUCUAACACCUAACAAGUGAUGCUCUACUUUUUCUUUUCUCUAAUAAUUGGGGUUCAGCUAAUCUAAUUGGUAGUUUCCAAAGGAUUGUAGUAUCUGUUGCAUCAUCCACAUUUAGUACUGUAUUUGACAAGGUCUUCCGCUUGCUGCCUCUAGGGAAACCUUAUCUUUAAAUCAUAGUCUUUACAGCCUCAGUUAAGUAUUUUGAAAUGAUCUUUAUUCUCUUUUUUCUUAAAGCACACUCCCAAUUACUGUUGUGUAAACCAUACUUUGGUUUACUGAAGCAUCAUUGUCUCAUUUUUGGGUGGUGACUUCUAUCCAGCACUGACUCACAUUUAAUUUUGUGUUCAUUCACUUGUUUGUUGCAUGUUACAAUAUUCCUCUUAAAUCUUUUCAUGUUACACAAAGAAGUCGCUUUUUUUUUCAUCUUGCAGGUGUUAUAUUUGUCACUCAUGGACAGUAAAGAGGAAUAUGUCAAGUUUGGAGUGUGCUGAACAUGUUAGAAGAAAGGAUGAUAAAAUUUCCAUUCCAUUUUGAGAGUGCUUCCAUGGUUAAAUGACAUUAUUUUGUUUGAAAUAAACUAGAACAAAUGUGCUUUGAAUGUUGGGAGUUGUUCUGUAGAUGAAAUUAAAUACUUUAGGUGACAGAGAUAUUAAAAAUCUUGCAAUCUUUAAUUUCUUUAUACAGUACGUACUCAUGAUAAGGAAACUUAAAUUGAAGGCUGGUGCUAUUUUGUAUUGGGUUUAGAUACAUGUAUAGUUCAUUGUCUUGCUAGAGAUUUUGUUUCAUUUGUACUAUAGUUUUAAAGUGGUUGUAACGCCUGCAGAUGUCUCUGUGUCUAUAUUUCUUUAAAAAAGUUAACUACUUUAACUGUCUAAGUGAACUGAAUAUAAUCACAUUGCUGUAGAUCAGAAUGAUUUUUAAUAUUCUGUAUUGGGAAAACCUGACUCUACAUGCCAGGUAUAUUUACAACUCUUUCUAAAUAAUUCUGACGUGUUUAAUAUAACACAUAUUCAUUUAUUGUUUUUCAUGUGAUUAUGUGAGAUACAAUACUGAAGGUUUUGAAGGUACAGUUUUACAUCAAUAUUUAGGACUGUCUUGGGGAAAGCAAAGUAUAUGUAACAAUUUGGAAAGAAAUAGGCAAGGGUUUCAGUAGCAAAUUUGAAUUUGUUUCCCACUUACUGAAAGUGCUGUUACUCGAGAUGCUAAAUGUACAGUACUAUUUAAAUUCGUUGUACCAGUCUGCUGGAACAAUAAUUUUUUAAAUAAAAUUAACAAAUGUUA